AACAGAUAUCAUCCCACGUCCUUAUGCAAUUCUUCCGGCAGGCUCCAAUAGAUAAAUAAAGCCCUCCUCCCCUCCAUCAGUCUAGCUUUCCCAGCGGAGUACCUGGGUUGGUCUGAAGCCUCCAGCCACCUGCCCACCCACCAGAGCCUCUGGGACAGCCAUGAAGUCCCUCAUCCUGUUCCUGUGCCUUGCUCAGCUCUGGGGCUGCCACUCAGCCCCACAAGGCCUAGGUCUAGCUUACAGGGAACUGAACUGUGAUGACCCAGAAACUGAGCAAGCUGCCCAGGUGGCCAUGGACUACAUCAAUGCACACCGUCUUCGGGGGUACAAGCAUGUCCUGAACCAGAUUGACAAAGUGAAGGUGUGGUCUCGGAGGCCUAUGGGAGAGGUAUUUGAACUUGAACUAGACACACUGGAAACCACCUGCCAUGUCCUGGACCCCACCCCUGUGGCAAACUGCACUGUGAGGCACUUCAUGGAUCAUGCUGUGGAAGGAGACUGUGAUUUCCGGGUGCUGAAGCAGGAUGGCCAGUUUGUUGUGUUGUUUGCAAAAUGUGAUUCCAGUCCAGACUCGGCGGAGGACGUGAUCAAAAUAUGCCCAGACUGCCCCCUGCUGGGUCCGGUUAAUGACACCAAGGUGGUGCAUGCUGUAGAAGCUGCCCUGGCUGCCUUCAACGCUCAGAGUAACGGCUCCUAUUACCAGCUUCUGGAAGUAUCCCGGGCUCAAUUUAUGCCUCUUCCACCUUCUACCAAAGUGGAGUUUGCAGUGGUUGCUACUGACUGCGUUGCUAAAGAUGUCACAGAUCCAACCAAGUGCAAUGUGCCAGCAGAAAAGCAAUAUGGCUUCUGUAAGGCGAGAAUCACUGAGAAGGCUGGUGGGGAAGAUGUUUCAGUGACCUGCACAGUGUUCCAAACACAGCCUGUGGUUCCACAGCCCCGAUCAGAUGACAUCAAUGUGGCAGUGGACCCACCUGCACCUGCACCCACUCUAGCUGACCCACCAGUGCCUGCCCUAGUAGGGGGACCCAUGGUGGUGGCAGCUCCCCAGCCACCCCCAGUGCAUCGGGUGCACUACGACCUGCGCCAUGCCUUCUCAGGUGUGGUCUCAAUGGAGUCAACCUCAGGAGAGGCAUUCCACCCAGUGAAACCACCUGUGUUGACUGGGCCAGGGCCUGUGGUGGUGGGGCCAGGGCCUGUGGUGGUGGGGCCAGGGCCUGUGUUGACUGGGCCAGGGCCUGUGGUCGUGGGGCCUGGGUCUGCUGCUCCAGUGGUCAGCCCAUGCCCAGGAAGGGUCAGACACUUCAAGAUCUAG